AUGUUUAUCUUAACUUUUUUAAAAUCUACUAUUUAUUUUACUACCUUGGUAAUUUAUAUUCAUUUGAUACACUUACCAUUACGUGAGCGAUUUAGUAUAAGGUAUAAUGGUAAGAUAACCUGUAGUAAAUAUCCUGGCAUUAUAUGUGAAUAUUCUUUUUUGGGACUCAAUUCACCAGAAUAUUCACUUUUUAAUUCAGAUCCUUUAGUUUUGGGUACAUCAAGAUCUCAUAGAAAAAAAAAGAAACCUGAUGGGAAAGUAAAUUCAAUUAAAAAUACUUCAGGUAAAAGUAAGAAGGAAUCUAAGCAUAAGGUAAAAAACUCUUAUGAACAUAAGAAGUCUAAGGUUGUUAAAAAUAAAGUAGAUAAAUCAAUUAUGAGAGAUAUUACCACCUCAGGGAGUUCAAAGAGGUCUAUCAAAAAAGAUCUAAAAUAUACUGAAAUGUCUAGAUAUGUUGCUUUUUAUCCUAAACCAAGUCAUAAUAUUUGGCAAAAUCCUAAAGACAGAGUUUCAUAUAAGAAUUUAAAUCCUCAGCUUGGAAAUUACUACCCUAAAAUGGCAAUUUCACCGUUUAGGGAGAGUAGUGAAUGUGCAUCUUUAUUCGAUGCUGCAGUUUUAGCUUUUAAGAAUUAUGAAAUAAGAAUAACCCCAUCCCAAUUCACUGGCUUGGCAUUACCUUUGGCUGCUUUGCUUCGUGAAGUUCUAAAUCAGCAUGUAUCUCUACAAGAUAGUUGUCUAAUGCUACGAAUACUUCUUCAUUUUUAUAGCGGAAUGAGGACUAGAAUUCAAUUUGUAUACAUCAUUGCAGCUGUUACUCAAAAUAAGGGUCUUAUUGGAGAAUCAAAUACUCAAACUUUUAAUUUAACAAAGAAGGUUUCUCGAAAGGUGUGUCAAGAAUUUUUACAGUUACCAAAAACAAGAUCAGAUACUAAUGCAAAGUUAUUUACUCCAUACCAAAUUUCAGAUUUCUUCAAUUUGACCAAAUUUCCAAAAGAUAAUUCAUUUUCAUCUCGUUUAUUUCCAUUAAAUCGCCAAGAUGGUUUCAAAUUAUUGGAUUUAUUAGAUAACGAGUUGCAGAUUAAAAUUGCUCCAGAUGAAGCAAUGGCUGCAAUUUAUAUUUUAUUAAAUCUUUUGGAACGAGAUAGAACACAGGAGCAAUGUGUAGAAGUUAUUUCUGCUAUCAUUUCUGCUUCUACAGAUAUUACACUGGACAUUAUACAGCUAAAUAAAUUAGAAGGUAUUUGUAAGGUUGUAUUUGAUUUUAAAAGGUCAGGUAAGUCUCCAUUAUUAUCUAGAGAUGAGAUAUUAUAUUACUAUGGCCCUAAAUCUGAUAUUGUUGAAAUGAGGCAUAAAGUACCUGUAGUAGAACCUAUUUCUUCAACAGUUUCAAUAUGGCAUGAGAUUGGCAUGGUAGAUUUUGUUGGUCGUGUAUUAUCUCGAUUGUUUCCUGAUUGCAAUGGGCUUCGUGUGUGGGAAGUUAAUCGGCUAUGUUCAAUAAUGGAGAUAAUGAAUAAGCAUAUUAUUGCUAUAGAGCCUAAUGCACAGUUAAUCAGUAUUGAAGAGCUUUGCGGAGCUCAUAAAUAUAAAUUGUCACAUCCUAAGAAGACUUGGCCAGAAGCUAUAAUUACAACAUUGCACUUCCGGCCUAGAACUUUACCUAUUUCAGUUGAGAAAUUAUUUUCAAAGUUUUUAAAGCAUGAAAAAGUGAAACUCAAGUCACUCACAGGAACCACUACAGUCAAACAUGAGAAUUUUUAUAGUAAGCCAGAAUUUAGUAGUCCUAAGUUUAUUACAACAGUAAUACCUAGAUCGGCAGAUUCAGGCAUACCUCAGAUAUCUUUUACUAGGUCAAGUAAAAAACUCAGUGCAUCCAAUACAUUUUUCUUCUCAUAUCUGUUUAAUUCUCAGCCAAAGUAUAUUCAGAAUAGAUUUGUUUUUGCAGCUUCUUUUUUCCAAGAGGGGCUUCUCAGCAAAGGGAUCUUUGUGCAUAUAUCUCCCUCAUAUUUGUAUAAUACAAUAAAUGGUGACCUGUCUGGAAAUUCUGAUAUAUCUUUAUUGAGUAAUGCAAUAGGUUUGCAAGGGACAAAUGAUGUCAAAUCUUUGCUUGAAUUUUUCUUGAAUUAUGAACAAGAAUUAUUUGAAGAAUUUAAACUUCAACAUAGUGCUGACUUGGAGGCUUUUAUGAAAGAAUUUUAUGCUUAUCCUUUGGCUACAUAUGGAUCUGGAAGAUAUUUCAUUGAAACUAGUAUAGAUUUUAAGUUACUUAAUAUAGGACGGAUUUCAUCUAUUAUGGAUGUAAAUAGGGCUUGUCUAUUUCAAGCCUUUAUAAAUCUGCGAUUAUUUCAAUAUGAUUGUGGCAAACAGCUUGUUUUAUUUCCAUAUAUAACUACUAAACAGUCGAGUUUGAUUUUGCAAAGAGUUGUUAGUAAAUCUUUAAAUAAUUAUGUCCUUGCUAUGAAGCACUUUGUUCAAGAUUUUAAUAAUCUACCGAUUAAUAUUUUAUUAAAUAUUGCCAAUCAGUGGAUAAUAUAUGAGGAAGUGGCUUUACCUAAUGUAUUAAAUAUUUCUGGUUCUGACAAAGCAACUAUCAUGACUAAUUUGUAUAGUGGUGAUCAUAUACUCAUGUCUCAUAAUAACUUGGGAUGGUUCUUUUUAUUUGAUAUUCAAUCUGCUAUAGAUCAAGUUUCUGCAGGUUCUCAGAUUGAUCGUUCUCAGGAGCCAUUGUUUCCUAUUUGUUCGGUAGAGUUAACUGUUAAUAGAGUGAAAUUUGCUUUUUCUUGGUUGAGAUAUUUUUAUAUUUAUAUAUAUAGGUGUAAUCAAGUUAAUUUUAGCUAUGAUAAUAUAUUGGAUUUAUUUCAUUAUUUAAUGGAUGAAUCUAUCAUUUAUAACUCAGAUUUGGCUCUUAUUUUAAGUAAAUCUCCUAGUAUACUCCCUAAUGUAGAUAUUGGUGAUUUUAGUAAUGCAUUACAUCAAUAUUUCAAAUUUGAGCGUUUUUUCUUAUUGAAAAAUUACAGAAUAUCCAUUGAUGCCUUUUUUGGUGAUAAGUCAAACUUAAUAACUGUUGAGGGUUGUCCAUAUUUCUAUUCUAUUCCUUGGGAUUUUUUCAAAUCUUCAUAUCAACAGAAGUGCCAAAGAGUAAUUUCAGACAGUCUUUUGAACAUGGCAGAGACAUUCUUAGCAUUCAGAAAUAGAGUGGAGUCCCUUGAACUGGUGGAUUCUUUCACUCUUUUGGAUUCUAUAAAUCUUUUUUUAUCUUUGGAUACAAGUGAUAUGCGUAAUAUUGGUACUUCUAAUCUUUUAGUUCAAUUUUUAGAUUAUAUCCUUGCAAACAACUUAUUUCAUUCUGCUAAUUUGGCCUUCUUGCGUCCUUGGGUUAAUUUACUAUCUUCUGGUUACAGCUUCAGGCGUACUAAUAAGUUGGUACCUCAUUUACCAGUGAAUGUACAGCCUGCUAUAUUAACUUCUCCUGCUAUUACGGAUAACAGUUUGUUAUUUCAAGAUAUAUUAAAUAAGUUGCAGCUUCUUAAAGUGGAACAAGAUAUUUUAAAUCGAGCAAUGGAAUCAAAUUCAGCAGAUUACGAAAGCUAUGGAAGUAGACUUUUAGCUAUCCAACAGUCUAUUGAUAAUUUAUUCCUGAGUCUAUCUACAAUGAAAGAUCAGGCUACUAGGUUACAUAAUUUUGAUUCAGCUUUUAUUAAUACACUUCCAUGGUUUCAGAAUAGUCGUAGAUCCUCAACUGCCACAAUUAGUGAAAUAGGUUCUUUAGAUAUUCAUCCCUCUAUUGAAAAACCUGAACUUAAAGAAAUUCCCUUUGUUUUAGCAUUAGAUAUUGCAUCUUAUAAUUCAGAAACUGGUAUCUUAAAAUUCCCGAAUAAGGAAGUGGAUAAUUUGGAAACUGUUCAGGUUGUUAAUAGAAUACAAGCCUUCAGGGUUUGGUGGAAUGAUAUUCAAUCUAAAGUGAGGUUUUACUCAGGAGAUCUUCUUUUCAAAGUUACUUUUCAGAAAUUUGAUGUUCUAUUUCCAGCUUUUAAAAAAAUGGGCUAUAACUCUGAUGUUCAUACUUUUAGUCUUGAAUUAGCUUCAAUUUGUUCUGAUUCUACUUUUCAUAUUGAAGUUGAUCAUCUUGAAGUGAUAGCAAGGUAUUUUCUUCUUGAUGAAAGUAUUGCUUUAAAUUCAUUAAAUAUAAACCCCAAGACAUUAGAAAUAGCAUAUAGAGACUUGAGACUAAUUUCAGCCAUUGAACAAACAACUAAGCAUAUUCCUUUAGUUGGGUCUCCUGGAUAUAUUUCUCUAGAAGUGACAUCUUUUGAUUAUUCUAAGGAAAUCAUUUAUUUACAACAGUUUUUGGAGAGAAUUGUAUCUGAGUACUUUGCAAAUGGUCCAAGAGGGUUUCCAACAAUUGGAAUUCCUAGAUUGAAUAAUUUGGCGUUGAAUUUUACAUUGGAUCGACUUUUGCUUGCAAAGUAUAUCUCUAUAAUUUUUGGUUAUUCUAGUUAUUAUCUAAAUGCACCUUCAAUUGGAGCAUCACCAAUCAUGUUAGCGGAUUAUUUAAUUCAUUCAAUAUUCCAAUUGAUAAAUAAUGGCCAAGCUAUUUCGUAUCGUGAAGUAUUAUCUUAUUUUCAUUCGAGUAGGUUAAUUUUUGGUUCACCUUAUAUUUUAUAUGUGAAUCACCUUUAUUCGGUAUCAGAUCGGCAAAUGGGGAGUUUACACCACACAGUUGCUUAUAAUAUAUUUAUUCAUAAUAAUUUAGAGUCACGUAUUAACAUAGUAUAUCUUUUAAGAUUUUCAUUGGACUUUUCUUCAAAAAAGUUAGGCAUUAAUAUUAUUGAUGAUGAUGAUAGUCUUUUAGAUAUGUGCUUUUAUUUUAUUUGUGGUGUAAAUUUGUUGGAGUUAUUCCGAACUCAUCUUUCAUUUAAUGGAGCUCAAGUUGAGAAAUUGAAUGAAUAUGUGGCAUUUGCAGCUUCUUUAUUUAGCCAUAUAUUUAAGGAUAUAAAGAUGUUGUGCGUUGGAGCUGAGCUGGAAGGGAGAAAGUAUAUUAUAAAUAAUGUGAUUACUGAUCCUUAUUUUAAAAACUUUUAUAAAAGUGAAUUUUCUAAUGAAAUAAUUGAGCGUUGGCUAAAUUUUAUGUGUUUGGGUAACCUUACUCAAGAUUUUCUAACUCCAUAUGUAAAUUAUAAGUUUGAGAAUUUUUUAAAUUUUCCUAUUUCCUCCUACAGCUCUGAUCUUAAAGUUGUGAUUCCCAGACAAAUCUCAGGUUCAUGCUCGAGUGAUUUUAUAUAUUUUUCAUAUCCUUUUAAUUUGUCACAAUGUAAUAUGGUUUUCUGUUUCUUGUCGUUUUUAAGGGAUUUCUUGAAGUAUGGUGAUCUAAAAGGUAGUCCUUUAGUUCAUAUAGAUGUUUGUAACAGACGUAUUUGGCUUGAUAUAUGCAGUGCAUUAAGUGUAGGUCUUGAUCUUGCUCAAGCUGUUCAUACUCGCUUGCAAUUAGAAUUAUCGAUUAAUAUCAUGAAUAAGAGGUAUAUUGACUUUGGUAUUAUUUCUGGACUUGUUGGAUACUUUAUGAACUCAAUACAUCCUUUGAUUGCUCAGGGAAGUUCAAUGCAAUCUUAUCACUUAAUAUACAGUAAAUAUGGAGAAUGCAAUGAUAAGAUUAGUUCUCAUAUGCGUCUUGUAAAACCUAAACUUCACGAUUUAACAAACAAUUAUAGUGAACCAAGCUUUGAUUAUAGAUUUCAACUUAGUCACUUUGAUAUUCCUUCUUCAAAUGAUAUUUUAUUAAUGAAACAACAGUCAUUUAGCGUUUCUCUAUGGAGAAAAAUAUCGCUGCAACAAUUAAAUCCAUAUAUAUGUAAUAUUGGAAAUUCUGAUUUAUUAGAUGUACGUUCUAGUGCGGAUAUUCUUGAAUGUAAUGUGCCAGAUAUAAAUUUUGUAACUAGAUUUUCUAGUGAUUUUGAAAUUAACACAAGUAAUUUACCAAUAGAAAUUGAGCUACCUAAAUUAAAUAAUGUUAAAGGUAAGCCUUGUUCUUACUUACCAAUUAGUGGAAUUGUAAAUGGUGAUGAAGUUUAUAAUAAUCCCCAGCUCACUUAUGCUUCUUUUAAAAAUAAAAAAAUUAGGUAUGUUAAUAGGGCUGUUCUUUUUCAGCGUUGGUGGGUAUUAGUUUGGCCAAAGUUAUUCCCAUAUUCUGCUGAUAUUAUUCUUGGCAGUGAUUUUUCAAAUAUAUUAUUUCUUGCUAAUAUCUUUAAUGAAAUUGGUAUGGAAGCAGAGCAAGUAGUAUUAAGUAAAUUUUCUGAGGCUAUUAAGAUAUAUUCGGAUUAUAUCCCUAAGGAUGAUUUAAAAAUAAUUAUUAGAGCAUUUAUUUCUCAGGAAAAACUCCUUUUACAACAAUCUGGUAGACAAACUCUAAAUGAGGCUUAUGCUUAUUUUGAAAUGAUUUAUUUCCUUAGGGAGGAUAUGUUAAUUGUUCCCAAGGUAUAUAUGCCUGAUAUUCUAAUCCUUCGAGAGGGAUUUGAUAUUAGUCCAAAUGUUUACCGUUUAUCUGAAUAUUUAAACAGAUUGAUAUCUGAGUAUAUGGCUGCAGCUCCACGCUUCUAUCCAACAAUCUUGAUACCAUCUACAGAUUUCUUAGCACUUCACUUUACCUUGGAGCGUUUUGCGUUGGAAUCUCUGUUGCGUACAUGGAGUAUUCGUAAAGAGAGCCUUAUUUUGGCAUUCUUUAGAGCUGCAUCAAUAGGAGCUAGCUAUCAUGCACUGGCAUCCUUCAUUAUUAGUCAUUUUGCAACACUUGGAAUUUCGGAUGUUACUUCGCAACCACUUUUUACUGUAGAAUUUAUGAGGGUUCAUUUUCCAUAUGCAAGCAUGGACCAAUUAGUUGAUAAUAUUUACUUAGAUCAUAAAAUGGUCUCAAUUUUUAGCAAUCCUAUAUCUGCUAUUAAUGGCAUUAAUCAAAUGGAUAUGGGAACUUCUAAAGAAAUAUUAACAAAACUUGUAAUUAAUUCAUUGUCAAUUUCGGAAUUUUAUACUGAUAUCAAGUUCCCAUUACCUUCAAGGAAUAUUUUAUACAUUGUUAUCCUUAUAAUGGGUGGCACUCGGGUUCUAGAUGCUAUUAGAAUGCAUGGAUAUCCUGGGAAUAUGAUGAUUAGUGAAUUUAACAAGUUUUGCCUAUACUUCUCGCAUAUAUUAACUACAUUUAUAUUGUUUUUAUUAAAUAAUGUCAAAGUUUCUUAUUUACAAAUUAAAAGUGAUCUUGUAAAUAUGCUAUCCCCUAAUUGGCUAAAAUAUCUAGGGGAAAGGAAUAUUGUGAAUUUGUAUAUACUUGUUCGUAUGAAGUAUGUAUUAAAUUUAUCUGGUCCUAGUGAUAUCAGUAAUAUUAAAUCUAGUAUUCUUAGUUCUAAUAUAAAUUUUGCACAGUAUUAUGAGACUAAUAAUGAAGUUUUAGUUAUUGAUCAAGCAAGGGGACGUUUUAGACAAAUACAAGGGAGUUUAUGCCAAGAUGGGGAUGUUGCAACUUUUAACUUGAUCUCUUUAUUUUUGGAAUAUCUUGGAUACAUAAUUAAAGAUUUUCAUAAUAAACAAUUUUUGGGGUAUUCAUUUGAUCCAGAUAGACUGAAGUCAAUAGAGAUUAUUUGCACAGCAACAAAGUUAAGCUAUAUGUUACCUAUUCAUAAAGCUAUAUAUACUUUAUUAUCAAGUAUUCUUCACUAUUCAAUGGGCUCUCUAUCACAUAAAUACAUUGAAACCUUGUACAAUAUAUUUUUUGAAUUGUUAAAUUCAAGGUGUAAUGGAAUUAGAAACAUUGUUAGCUGUUUAUCAGAUAAUACUCAAUUACUAAAUAUGUCAGAUAUCACGUCUAAAGGUAUGGUAAUUUUGAAGAAUAUACAAGAUUCUAGAACUAAUGUUGUUUCACCAAGUUCUCUAUAUAUAUUAUUGAAUAAUGAACCAUAUUCUCCUGGGAUUUUGGAUAGUCAAGAUAUAUUUAAUUCUCAUGAUUUAUUAAGUGAAUUCUCUGAUUUAAUGUAUAAGUUACAUGGUGACUCUAUAUCUAGAUAUCAAGAUUCCUUGUCAACUUGGCUUGGCCCAAUUGAUAUUAAUAAUAAAUUUGAUCUUAUCCCUAAGAAAAGUGCAGAAUUAUUGAAUAAUCGCUAUCAAAAUCGCUUGUAUUCUAAUUUGGUAUUAUAUAAAAAACUAAGUAUAGAUUAUCAACAAGAUAUAAAUUUAAUUAUUGAUAUUGGGUCUGUGGAAGAUAGAUUUGUUCGAUCUACAGUAUUUCCUGAUGCUGAUGGGGUCGAUGUAGGGAUUGUUAACAGGGCAGCCUGCUUUCAAGAAUGGUUAAUUAUUAUAUGGCUUAGUACAGAAAGGUUUUCAUACGAUGAUACAUUCCGAAGUUUUAUAGGGAAUUAUAAAUAUAUUCUAGAUAUAUUUAGUAAUAUAUUAUAUUCUGAUGAUGUAAGUACUCUUGUAUCUUUAUUAUUAAAUGCAAUAGCUAAAGUAUCUAUUCAUGGUUCUUUUAAUGAUUGCCUUCUAAUUGCAUCUUCGUUCAUUUCCACUGAAAGAAAAAUGGUAAAUACUUUUAAUAUGCCAUCUAUUCAAAGUUUUAGUAGUAAGGGUCUUUGUUUCGAAGCUUUUCCUUUUAUAAAUAUUGAUCUUCCAGAAUUUCCAAGUUAUAAGGAUAUAUCUGUAAUUGAAAUGGAGUGGAGCAUUCCUGAUUCUUUGAAUAAAGUUCAUUUGGCUGAAUAUAUUGAGUUUUUAUUAAAAGGUUACUUCUUUACUGUUCAUAUGUCAACUGUUACUUGUGUGCUUCCAUCUUUUAAUGUAAUUGUUGAUAACAUUUCUUAUGAUGCUGAGAUAAUGGCUAGAGUAAUUUAUCAUUGGGCGGGUAAUCGUCAUGAUUUAGUGCAUGCUCCACUUAGGGGUCUCUGUCCGGUAUUAAUUGCUAAUUAUUUAAUUAGUAAUUUACAGCUCAUUAGUCCUAAUUCCGUGGAUUUACCUUCUUUUUUUAAUGAUGCAAAAGGUAUAUAUGGUUUAGCUCCUUUUUAUCCAGAAAAUACUAUAUUUCUUACUAGUAAUGAUCUGGGUGAUUUUGAUAAUAUUAUAGAAAAUAAGUUGAUUGAGAAGGGAAAAAAGAAUUUUAAUAAGUUAUUGAGUCUAAUAUUCCAUAGCGUUUCGGAAGUAUUAAAUGUGAAAUUGACUGUUGAUAGCAACCAACAGGAAAAAGUCUUCAAGAUGUUACUUUCAGGUAUUUCUGAGUCAGAAAUAAUGAGGGCUUUAAUAAGGUUAUCUGAUAUAUUGUUGAGUAUUAGUGAAGUUAAUUCACUUGUUGCCUUAUCAAUGCAUUAUUUGCAGAUUAUGCGUCGUUGUACCCUCAGUAUGACAAAUAUUGAUGUUUCUUUAAUUGAUGAACUUGUUCUUACAGCCUUUUCAUCACUUGGUUAUUAUAUUCAUUCGGAGUCAUUACAUUCUUUGUUGGUUAACUAUUACUUUGUAAACGGUUUGUCCAAAUUGAGCAAUAUGAAGAAUCUAUUUAAUAGAUGUAUAGGAAAAAAAGUUAUGACGAUAGUACCUUUUUACAAAUCUCUUCCAAUAUUUGGUGCAAUUAAUCAAUUAGAUGGUAUUUACAGGACUUUCCCAAAUGGUACAUAUGUUAUUGGUGGAGUUCAUUCAAGCUCAAUGAAUAAAAGGCUUAUAUUGGGUUACUGCCUAAAUAUGAUCAUUAGUAACCCUAAAAAUAUGGAGAUCCUUAAUAUGGACAGUUUUGUAGACUUACAAAACCCAGGACUUUGGAUCAAUUCACUAAAUUGUAAGGAUUUUAAUUUAGAUUGUUUAGCAUCUUCAGUAUUUGGUUUUAUUAAUAAAGAUCGUCUUGGAGUUCACUUUUUAUCUGUUGAUAUAAUGAGAGAAAUGAUUGAGUUAAUUAACUCUAAAGUACUUUUUGUUAUGAAGUCAUACUCUAUUCCUGCUAUAGAUAUAUUAGCAUUUGCAGAUUACUUUUCAGCUUAUAAAUUAGCUACAUCUAUCAUGAGGUCAACAAAUAUUGAUAUUUUGUCUAUGUCUAAGACCUUAAGAAGUCAAGUGAGUAUCCUACCUACUGUGCGCAUACUCCAAAUCCCCCCAACAAAGUGCAACAUAAAUGCGCAAGUUCCUGCUGCUAAUCGUGGAACUUCUAAGGUUAGGACUAAAGUGGAUCUCGUUACAUUUUAUCCUUCUAUACAGAUAUCUAGUGACCCAGCUAAUUUUAAUUUGCACCCUAUUUUCGGCGGAAAUACUUGGCUUAGUAGUAAAGGGUUAUUAGUAAGUAAUUAUGGACUUUGUACCAAUCAAUAUGUUAACAUUGCCAAUCGGGCAGCCUUCUUUCACAUCUUCUCACAUAUAGCAACUUCACAAUAUCGUGAUAUAAGACUAGAUAUUAAUUUAUGUUGUGGUCUCUUCAGAAAACAUCCUCUGACUCGCAAUAUUAACGACAUAAUUGUUGAUGCCGUUGAAAUAUUUGGUAAUUUUGAAGUAUAUGAAAUAUAUCAGUUGCUACAUGCAUUUCUUUUAUUUGAAGGAAUUACAUUUGGACUCAGUCCAUUGAGUAAGAUUACUUUUCAGUAUAAAAAUGCAUAUUAUGUACAUUCAAUUUGGCUUGAGUGUGAAAUUCCCAGUAUGGAUCUUUUAUUACCUGCUUUUGAAGGUGAUACAAUGUACUUAGGUAAAUUAUUUUGUUUACUCUCAAAUCAAAUGUUGGAUAAAAAAGAUGACUACAAUAUAGAUAUUGCAAAGUGCAACUUAAUCGCUAAGUAUUUAUGGCCUAGAAGUAACCAUUUUCCUUCACAAUUUGAUUCUGUACUGGCAAUUGUCAGUUUCAUCCCAAAAUUGAAGCCAGUUUUAGAGGGUCUUGGUUAUACACUUUAUAAAAAGUUUAUUUCCUAUGUCAAUGAUAACAUGAAAUUUAAGCAAAAUUUGGAUAGAAAUCUCCAUUCUUAUUAUGAGAGAAUCUUUAGAAAACCUCUUGUAUGUAAUGAAAAUGAAAUUCCUUGGAGCCAUCCUUACUACAAGUAUUUGCAAAUAUCUUUUGAACAUUUUAACUUUUUAAGGUUUAUAAGAUAUUCAAUGCAACAGUUUCAAAAUCCUGGAUUAUCUGAUGAUAAUAUUAUGUCUUUAAAUAUUCAUAUAUUAACAAAUAAGGCAAUUUCUUCUGCAUCUAUCUUCGAUAGUAUUUUUACCAGUGAGAAUGAUAAACACUUAUUUUUUGGCACAAUUGAGUCAUACUGGAGAAUUUUAUCCCCAAGAAGUUUUGAAGAUACUUUCAGUUCACCUUUUGUAGAUUGUAAUGAACAUAAUGAGGGUUUUGUCUCUGGUAUAUCUUUUCCUCUUACCUUUGAUGGUGAUCAAGCUAUUGUUGGUCCUCCUAGAGAGUCUUACUUUUAG